ACCACCCCGCCCCCCCACCUAAACCCUAAAAAUAAAAUCCACAGUGUGGCGGCUGGUCGGACGCGAUGGCGACCGUCGAGGACGACGGCGGGCGAUGGGGCGACCGCGAGCGAGGGCACGGCGGGCGAGGGGGCGACCGCGAGCUAGGGCACGGCGGGCGAGGGGGCGACAGCAGGAGUGGGCUCGACCGGCGAGGGGACGACCGCGCGCGAGGGCGUGGCGGCGGUCGACCUCCGACCGGGCACGCGGCGGCGGGCAGUGGCGUUCCUCAAGUAGCUACCCCGAGCCGGCUUCCGAGCGAGGGGCCGGGGGCGACAUCAAUGGUUCAGACCGAGUCGCCGGAACCGCGACACGCCGGCGACGCUCAGUAUGAGGAUGCAAAUAUUGAGAUCAUGAAGAAGCGUGUUCAAGAGUUGGAGCUUAAAAAUGCAGAACUACAACAGAAGUUGGAGGUAGCACAAGCUCAGCUCAAGGAAUGGAACAAAUACACCAAUUCUGACCCUUUCAUUGAUAAACAACUUAGAAAAUGUCAUGAUGUGUUCUUGUGCCUAAAUGAGUCUGGGUAUCAAAAGCUUUCAGAUCUUCUCGCUGAUCCAAAGUCGAAGCUUACUAUGGAUGUAAAAGUGCACGGAAUGGAAGUUAUAAAGGAAUUGAAACAGUUUGAGAAAGAUCUGCCCAUAUAUAUUCCUAAAGGUGUAAGAGUCACUAGGAAGGAAGAUAAGAAAUUUAGAAGAAUGACAACAGUUGCUAAGCAUAUUUUGUUAGGAAUUAUUGAAGAUAUCUAUCGGCUUCAUAGGCUUGAGUUGACCCUUAAUGGCAAGUUCACUCUUGAUGAUUUCUACUGGACUCAUCUGAAGAAGGUUAAGUUAGACCCAGCUCUGAAAUUUGCUGUAUGUCAGAGGGAGAGAAAUGGAAUGAUUAAUGAUUUCCAUCAGAUUUAUCAGAUCAUUAUAGAGAUGUUAUCUUUUCAUGAUAGGGACUUGAUUAUACCAGAUGAUUUGCAGAGCUUGCUUGAUCUGUUGAAUUCCGAUGAUCCUGUUAAGCACAAUGAAAUUAUCCGGUACAAUAUGUCCUUGUUGAGUGAGAUUGGAAAGAAAAAUCAUUUCAUCACUCUCUAUGAUAGAUUACAGCAACAGAUCCGUGAAGAUAACGCAAAAGGUGUUCCGGAAGAAGAAAAGAUAUCUGAGAAAGUCCUGAGAUUUAUCUCAAAUCGCUUCAUCAAAACUAAAAUUGAUCAAGAACCAUGGUCAAGCCAGGCAAAGAAAAACUCAUAUGUUGGAACUGUCUAUGAGUUUCGUAGGUCUAAUAUGGGCACGGCAUUAAAAGAUCCAAUUGAUCUGCUGAUAGUGUGGCGCAAUGCAAUAUCACAUAUACUUGAAAGUUCUAUUGAAGAUGGUGAACAGCUCUUUAAAGAUGAAGAUCUAGUUAACAUGCUUGAAUCAGCAAUACCCGGUGUACUGAAUGAACUGCAAAAAGCAAUGAGUGAAGCUGGGCUGCUAGAGUUACCCCAUCUCAUUAGAGCAAUGAGGAUGUAAACCAGAAGGGACGGGAGAAACAGAGGACUUGAGGCGGUUUUGAGUUGCUGUGAAGUGUUCUGAGAGCACAUGCUUGGUUUGAGUUCUGUGAAGUGUUCUGAGAGCACAUGCUUCUAGUCUGUUCUAUUCGCUUUCAACAGAUGCUAAACAAUAUUUGUUAGCUUUGUAAUCGUUGAACUAAGUAGCAUGCCAUGAACUAGGUAGUAUUUAGGUGCUAGAACUAGGCAGUAUUGAGAUCUUCAUGCUUUCAAGGGUAAAAAGAAUUGAUCGGAGUACAAGGUUCAGAAUUAUUGUGUUCACUUCUGCAUACUCGAUUGUUGAGCCAAGAUGAAUAGAUACAUCAAGCUUCAGAAGCCGUGUUCAUUUUUAUUUCUCUGUUUACUCAUAGUUCUGCUUGUGAUAAAUGAGAUCAUUUCUCUGCUGGUGUGAAAUUAGUGUGUACCGAUGUGUACAUUUUGUUGGCU